AUGGCUUUCGAAUUGAAAAUAGCGCAUUCUAGGGACGGCACCAAGAUUGCAUUCUACCAAGUCGGUAAGGGACCAGGCAUCAUCAUUCUCCAUGGAGCGAUACAGCAUGGCCUCAGCCACAUGGACCUUGCAAAAGGACUAUCAGAAAGUUUCACCUGCUACCUUCCUGACCGGCGAGGGCGUGGGAGGUCUGGCCCAACCGGAAAGAACUACUCAGUUGAAAAAGAAGUGGAAGAUGUUGAAGCUAUUCAUGCUAUUACUGGUGCAAAAUUCAUCUUUGGUGUGAGCUCGGGGGCACUGAUUACAUUGAGAGCGGCCUUGGCAGCUCCUCCAUCGCACAUACAACGAAUUGCACUAUUUGAACCGCCUUGGUGGCCCGAGUCGGCUCGAGAAGGACAGAUGGCGUGGAGGCGGAGAUUUGAAGCUGAAAUAGAUCGAGGCCAGAUUGCAAAAGCUGCUAUCACUGGAAUGCUUGGGGCGGAGAUGGGCCCGGCUAUCUUCCGUUCCAAAUACUUUCCACAAACCGUCUUGGUGCUCCUGACGAAAGUGAUGAUGACAUUAGAGCAAAGGGAAAAAACAAACAAAGAGACGACUGAUAGCGUCUUACCCAGCAGGCAACCGUUGGUGAAGGAUCUGGUCCCAACCUUCCGCAAUGAUAUCGAAAUUGCGAUGUCCAUGCUCGGAGAAGACAACCUUCAGAAGCUGUCGGCGGUUCAAACAGAGACACUUAUCUUGGGCGGGAGUCGAAGCCCGCCAUUUCUGAAACAUUCGGUUCUUGAGCUUCAAAAUAUCCUCCCCAACUGUGCGCGUGUCGAGUUCGAAGGUCUCGAUCACGGCGGGACGUUUAACAAAGCACAACAUGGCAGUCCGGACGUGUUCGCGGCUGAGCUCCAUCGAUUCUUUUCUCAAGGCAACGGCAACGAGACGUUGAAGGAGGAUGCUUCACCUCGGUGA